AUACUCUAGCUUUCUCUCUCUAAAACUCCCUGUUUUUGUAGUGUUUCUAGAGAGAGAAAAUCAACUCCAAUGGCUUACCCGAGCGUAGUGGUGGUUUUGAUGUUCGCUUUGGUGGCUGGAUCUGCCAUCGCUCAGGCUCCGGCAGCUUCACCGACGAAAUCUCCGAUGGCGUCGCCGCCGAAGGCCGCCGCGACUCCUUCGGUGGCUCCGACACCGUCCGUGAAGCCACCGACCUCAUCUCCUAAGUCCUCACCCGGGUUAACUCAGUCUUUAGCGAGCGCGUCUGUUCUUCCCAUGGUGUUGAAAUCGGCCAUUGAGCUUGACUUUUUGGAGAUCAUGGGUAAGGCUGGUCCAGGUGCCUAUGUGUCGCCGUCGGAGGUGGCGGCUCAGCUGCCGACGAAGAACCCAGAUGCGGCGGUGAUGCUGGACAGAAUUCUGAGGCUCCUAACUAGCUACUCUGUUCUCAACUGUACUCUCCGAGACCUCCCCAAUGGAGGGGUCGAGAGGCUCUAUGGUCUCGCCCCUGUUUGCAAGUUCUUGACUAGAAACGCUGAUGGUGUUUCCAUGGCUCCUCUUUUGCUCAUGAACCAAGACAAGGUCCUCAUGGAGAGCUGGUAUUAUUUGAAAGACACAGUUCUUGAAGGUGGACUUCCAUUUAACAAGGCCUAUGGAAUGACUGCAUUCGAGUACCAUGGCACUGACCCCAACCCAAAUCAUCGAAUCAGCCAUGUGGGUUUCUUCACAGAACCUCGAUACAGCCGAGUCCAUGGUUCACAUCAUCCUGGACUCUGCCGCAGGCAAUCCCAACCGCACCACCGGCCACCGACGGACCACUGUUCGCGGAGGUGGAUAUUGGCAGCAGCGACUCCGCGCUGA